AUGUUGGCAGAUGUGCUGAGGUCCAUUAUUGGAGGUUGUUUUGCCGACAUAGGCUGGGACGUACCCUGUGAUCUCUCGCUAUUGAGCGACGACUAUAAACAGGCCUAUCUUGAGGUUCUUCGGUGGGGUCAAGAGAUCUGCGAACUAGAAGCUCAACCUUGCUCGCAUGCUGUUGCGGUCCGUCGUGAUGUGUCCGAGGCUAUAUCGCUCGAGGUCAGCAGCGAUGCUUCGUUGUUCGGUGGAGGGCUCGCCAUCUAUGCUGGCGGUGAGCUUGUAUACGAGGAUGCGGUGCGAUUCUCCCGGUGCCAGACUCUUCACUCCAGCAAUAGACGAGAGCUUCGUCUUUGCUUGCUGGCCCUUCGUAAAGUCGCUGAGAUCUCUGAGUACUGCGCCAAAUCCGCGUGCAAGAAGCGGAGGGGGGUCCCGGUGAAUGUCUGCUUUCGAUGUGAUAAUCGACCAAGUUUGGCGUGGAUUCGUUCUGGCUCUCUCAAGCUUCAAUCCUCCAAGCUCCUCGAGAGAAGAGCUAUAGUGCGACUUGUCGACUCCAUCGGCUCGGAACUUGACAUUAUCCGGAAGCACGGUACAUUAUCGUUGGAGUUUAUUCCGGGCUCUGCUAACGCUCACGCUGAUGCGCUGAGCCGUCUUCUGGAUCGUCCGGUCCAGGGCGCCAAUAACCGUUGUCUCGGUGAGGUGCUGAUUCCCCGCAAGGGGGGCGAGGUGCUGAACACUCGGGAGAUCCUGGGGGAUGAGUGCUGUGCUAUUUUCGACCCGGAGAAACGAAGUGUCGAGUCGCCGUCUCCUGAGGAGAUCUUCCUCUGCAACGACUUCCCCGCGAGUGCCGAAG